GGCGCAGAUAAGGGUCCGGAGCGCGCGAUCAAUCUCCAGCCUCACCCAAUCCCGCCCCGGUCCGAGGUCCUCAGCAGCCCCACCCGAAGGGUCCCACAGGCACACAAACCCACCCAGCUUGGCUUCCCAGCUCCGCCCCGCCUCGCCCCGCCCCGUCCCAGCUCUACUUAGCCCCGACUCGGUACCGCCCCGUCUCCGAGCCCGCCCUUCUCGGUCAACCCAGUGUCACGUGACCGCGGUCGUAUCCCAGACGGCCUGAGACCGACGCUGUGUAGGACCAGUUCCUUCUCAAUUCCGAACCGCCCUUGUCCCAUGGCGCCGGAGCCUCCCGGGUCAAUGUGAAGUGACGUCUGCUCCUGAUCCCAAGCCUGUGCUGGCACCGCUGGGUGAACAGGGUCAGAUCCCCGCUUGUGAAGUUAAAGAAGCCCUGGUCCUUUAGGGGCUCUGUGGAGUUACACCCCAGGCCACCCCCUUCCGAGUUCUGACAGAUUCGCUGGAGCUUCAGAAAGUGGACCUACAGACAGAAGGACUAUUUGGGUCUGGGGGCUUUAGGGGGGAGGAAGACUCGGGCUGGGGCCUCAGGUGAGGGCUGGUCUGGGCGCUCUGCCUUCCCUACCAAGGGACUGAGGACUCAGGCCCAUCUGUGUCCCUGCCAUGGGGGCCCUGGGGACCCUCUUUUUGGCAUUGGCUGCAGGCCUGAGCACCGCCAGCCCACCUAACAUCGUGCUGAUCUUUGCUGAUGACCUGGGCUAUGGGGACCUCGGCUCCUAUGGGCACCCCAGUUCUACCACCCCCAACCUGGAUCAGUUGGCUGCAGGGGGGCUACGGUUCACAGAUUUCUAUGUGCCUGUGUCUCUGUGCACGCCAUCUCGGGCCGCCCUCCUGACUGGCCGGCUCCCAGUACGAUCAGGCAUGUACCCUGGAGUUCUGGGGCCCAGUUCCCAAGGGGGCCUGCCCUUGGAGGAGGUGACUUUGGCAGAAGUCCUGGCUGCUCGAGGCUAUCUAACAGGGAUGGCUGGCAAGUGGCAUCUUGGAGUGGGGCCAGAGGGGGCCUUCCUGCCCCCACAUCAGGGCUUCCAUCGGUUCCUGGGUAUCCCAUAUUCCCAUGACCAGGGCCCCUGUCAGAACCUGACCUGCUUCCCACCAGACAUCCCCUGCAGUGGUACCUGUGACCAAGGACUAGUUCCGAUCCCACUGCUAGCCAACCUGACUGUGGAGGCCCAGCCCCCUUGGCUACCUGGACUAGAGGCCCGGUAUGUGUCUUUCUCCCGAGACCUCAUGGCUGAUGCCCAGCGCCAGGGCCGACCAUUCUUCCUGUACUACGCUUCCCACCACACCCACUACCCUCAGUUCAGUGGACAAAGCUUCACCAAGCGCUCAGGCCGUGGGCCAUUUGGGGACUCCUUGAUGGAGCUGGAUGGAGCUGUCGGGGCCUUGAUGACAGCUGUGGGGGACCUAGGUCUGCUGGGAGAGACACUGGUCAUCUUCACUGCAGAUAAUGGUCCUGAACUGAUGCGUAUGUCCGAUGGUGGCUGCUCCGGCCUCUUGAGAUGUGGAAAAGGAACAACUUUUGAAGGUGGUGUCCGAGAACCUGCCUUGGCCUACUGGCCAGGUCACAUUGCCCCUGGUGUAACCCACGAGCUGGCCAGCUCUCUGGACCUGCUGCCCACCCUGGCAGCCUUGACCGGGGCUCCGCUGCCCAACAUCACCUUGGACGGUGUUGACAUCAGCCCCUUGCUGCUAGGCACAGGCAAGAGCCCACGGAAGUCUGUCUUCUUCUACCCACCCUACCCAGACGAGAUCCGUGGGGUCUUUGCUGUUCGGAAUGGGAAAUACAAGGCUCAUUUCUUUACCCAGGGCUCCGCCCACAGCGACACCACUUGGGACCCUGCCUGUCACGCUGCCAACCGGCUGACGGCUCAUGAGCCCCCACUGCUCUACGACUUGUCUAAGGACCCUGGUGAGAACUACAAUCUUUUGGAAAGUAUAGAGGAGAUCUCCCCCGAAGUUCUCCGGGCUCUGAAGCACAUCCAGCUGCUCAAGGCCCAGUAUGAUGCAGCUAUGACCUUCAGCCCCAGCCAGAUCGCCAAGGGUGAGGACCCUGCCCUGCAGAUCUGCUGUCAGCCGAGCUGCUCUCCCCACCCAGCCUGCUGCCGCUGCCCUGAGUUCCAGUCCUGAGGUGACUGGAGAAAUCACAGGGGUCCCUCAAGGGUAGCCCAGGACCCCUAGCCCUGCCCUGAGUGUGUGGUGAUUCACCAGAGGGACAGGGACAAGUGUGUAGUUUGUAUCCGGUAAUGUAAUAACAUCAGCUGAAAUUUGUUCCACCCUGGGAUCUGCGUGUGUCCAUGGACACAUCGCCGAAGCAUUGGACAUGUCCAUUCA